AUGGCCGGCAUGACUACCUCUACGACCCCCUCCAAGCGCAAGGCAGAUGGUCCGCAUCGCUCUUCACCCCCUGCCACCCGUGCUAGAGUGUCUGGCUCAACCCGCAGCUCGACUAGCUCAAGCUCGCGCACCAACUCGGCUUCAGACUUGGACUCGGAUAUAGAUAUUAACAGCAACGGUCGCUCAAGCUCACCUCUCACUAUUCCCGACUUGCCGCAGGCUUCGGCUGGGUCUGUCAUAGAUGUGGAUGACGAAGAUGAAGUAGAAGAGGACUCAGAUAUCAUUCAGGCAAAGCGAGCCCUAGCUUGGGUGCCCUCUAGCCCACUUGUGGAUACCUUUGGGUCAUUCACUCGGAAGAAUGCCGGUAAGCGUUCGUAUUCAACAUUACCCUUGACCAAGGAUGAGAUGCGUGCGGAGUGUGUCCGCUGGAUCGUCAAAAAGAAGUGUCCCUUCGACAUCGUCGCAGAUGAUCCUUUCCAGUCAAUUAUGAAGGCUGGUCGUCCUUCGCUCUGGAUUCCCUCCCCAUCCACUCUCCAUCGCGAUACACUGGAGUGCUUCAAAUGGGGUCGCCGGGCUGUCUCUAGUAAGCUCAAGGCUUUACCUACACGUCUGAACUAUGGCUCAGAUGAAUGGACAUCACCGAAUCAUCGCGCGCUCAUGGCCAUGAGUGUAUGCUACGAGAAGGAGAGCAAUACAGUUGAACAUCUUCUGGAUGUUGUCCAUGUGCCGUAUUCUCACACAGGCGUCAAUCUGUCAAAGGCCUUCAUCAAGUCUACCGACGGCAUGCAAAUCACCGAUAAGAUAAAUGGUCUUACAACUGACAGCGCAAAUAACGACACAAUGGUCGAUGACAUGGGAGCUCGAGUGGAGUCGUUCGACGGUGAAGAUGCUCACGGUAAAUGUUUUGGGCACGUCGCGAACCUCGGUGCUCGAUCUGUGACGUCGCUCUUCGCUACGCCGAAGAAGAAGAAGGCUGAUGCAGUCACACUUGCCGAACAAGCUCUUUUUGAACUCACUGAACAGCUGGAGGAUGAUGAUUAUCUUGAGUUUGGCUUGGACACCGAGGAUAUUGAUAACCUCGAGGGCUGGAUCAAUGAGCGAGAUGAGAUGAGCGACGAGGCUUGUGUCGAGCUUGAGGCUAGUGUCCUGCCUUCUAGACAGUCAUCGUCAAGGUACGUCCAUCUAGCCAAUUCCACACUUCCUGAUUACCAUCUGAUAUUUGAUCUGCAUCAGCUCCGCAAGGUCACGUUCAAAUUGAUCAACUUGUCAACAAUCCUGUUGCCUGCAUGGAAGUACUGCUGCACAAAAUACGGCCUUGAUAUCUGCAUGAUGCCCCGUGAUGUCUCUACACGCUGGGAUUUGCUCUAUCUCCUUCUCGAGUUUGCCUUGAAGUACCGCAAAGCAGUAACCCGACUCAUCCCUAAGUUUCCUAGCGAGCUUGGCGAUGCAUCACUCGAUGACGAUGCAUGGGAGACCAUCUCCCAGUUAUGGGGUGUUCUCAAGAUCUUCCGAAGUGCUACAUUGUUUUACUCCCAUGAGGACCGGACGGCGACAAUGGCUACUGUUCUUCCUCAUCUCGAUGCCCUUGAAGCUCAACUGGCGAAGGAUGCAGCAAACCAUAAACUCAAACCUGCCAUUCGUGGGGCUGCUGCACUUGGUCGCAAGACCAUCAUGUGUUAUUUCAGCCUCAUAGAGACUCGUGCGAUCUACAGGAUCUGUGUCGUUUUGCACCCGUCUUACAAACUCGGAUACUUCAGGCAGAAGGAUUGGCCAGAAGAGGACAUCGACACAUUGAAGUUGGCGAUACAGGAUCGCCUGGAAUGCUUCUAUGCCAGAUCGGGCUCUUUGGUGCCUCCUGCUCCCGUGCUCGAGGCUCCUUCCUUUGUUCCCAUGCCGGAUUUGCAAUUGCCCGAAGAGGUCAACCCCUUUGCGCUACCUCCGACCUUAAGUGAUCCAUCACCGUCCAGCUUACUCUCUUCUUUGCCUUCAGAGUUGGAGGCUGUGUGCACUCUACUUGACAGGUAUCUGUCAAGUGUACCUGAGCCUGGUAUCGCCAAUCCUGUCCAAUGGUGA